GUGGCAAUGAUUCAACCCCACAAAUCAUCUGAAGCCAAUAAUAACUAUCGAUUCUAGCCUUAAUAUUUAUUUUCAUAUAUUGUGUAUUAAUUGGCUAGAAAGAGUAUAUAGUAGUGAUGGGAUCCGAAGGUGAAACCGUUUGUGUGACCGGCGCCUCAGGUUUUAUUGGUUCAUGGCUCGUCAUGAGACUCCUCGAGCUCGGUUACACUGUCCGAGCCACCGUCCGUGACCCCACUAACUUGAAGAAGGUGAAACAUUUGGUGGAGUUACCCAAGGCAGAGACUCGUCUUACUCUGUGGAAGGCUGACCUAUCGGAAGAGGGAAGCUUUCAUGAAGCUAUUAAGGGCUGCAAUGGAGUGUUCCAUGUGGCCACACCUAUGGAUUUUGAGUCGAAGGACCCUGAGAAUGAAGUGAUUAAGCCAACAAUAAGUGGAAUGUUAGACAUAAUGAAAGCAUGCGUUGAAGCAAAGACCGUAAAGAAACUAGUGUUCACCUCAUCAGCCGGAACUGUUAACGUUGAACCCAUUCAAAAACCAACCUAUGACGAAUCUAGUUGGAGUGACAUUGACUUUUGCCGCAAAGUCAAGAUGACUGGAUGGAUGUAUUUUACCUCCAAGACCCUGGCUGAGCAGGCUGCAUGGGAAUACGCAAGAAAACAUAACUUGAAUUUUAUUACUAUCAUCCCAACACUUGUGAUUGGUCCAUUUCUCAUGCCCUCUAUGCCUCCCAGCCUCAUUACAGGGCUUUCACUAAUCACAGGAAAUGAAUCUCACUAUUUCAUUAUAAAGCAAGGACAAUUCGUUCACUUGGAUGAUCUAUGCAAUGCUCAUAUUUUCUUGUAUGAGAACCCUAAAGCUGAGGGCCGCUAUAUUGCUUCUUCACAUGAUGCUACCAUCUAUGAACUUGCUAAAUUGUUCAAAGACAAGUACCCUGAAUAUGACAUUCCCACCAAGUUCAAAGACAUAGAGGAGAACAUACCAAAUGUGCAUUUCUCUUCGAAGAAGCUGACAGAGUUGGGGUUCGAAUUCAAAUACAGCUUAGAGGAUAUGUUCACAGGAGCUGUUGAUACAUGUCGUGAAAAGGGGCUGCUUCCUCUUACCCAUGAAACCAAUAAGCCCCAAAACAAGACUACUCAAGAUGAAGAGCCCAAAAACGAGUCCAAAAAGGGAACUGAAGAAGAAUGAAAAAUCUGCAUUUGCUGCUUAUAAUAAGCAUCGAUCCAUUUUAUGUAUGACAAAAAUAAACAAUGUGCCUAUUUUAUUAAUUGUAGUCACUAGCUACUGCUUUCUUCUUCGCAACCAAGUUUCAAUAUGUCUUUCUGUAUGUAUUUCUUUUCUUUGAUGAAUGAAAGUUCAUAUGGGAUGAUUUGUUUGUUA